AUGCCGAGCAGCCCUUCCAAGCCUAAAGCUACGCUUCGACCUGUUGGUGUCCCGCUUGGGAAUGUGAAUAGCGAAUCCGAGAGAGAAGAGGGCAACUACCCCACCGAGAACGUCGAUUCUACAUCCUCAGGUGGUUACGGAAGCUCCGGAGUGAACGUCUGGUCGCAGAAAGCUCAACGGGGUACCAACACCGAUCUUGGUUCCUCCUCUUCCUCUGGAUCGGGUGAAGCGCCAGUUACCGGUACCGGUAGGACGAGGCGUGCGACUGUAUCGAAGACGAUGGCGCAGCGUCAGUCUGUGACGGGCCUGGUUGGGCAGUCGUUGAGUGGGGGAGAUUUGGCGGGUGAGAUUCAGGAUGCGAAGCAGGGUUUUGAUGGGGGGUGGCCGAGUCAGGUUGGGGAGAGGGACUAA